AUGAAGGAGCGCCCUUGCAGGUCGUAUUUUACGCUGGUGUCGAUGGGCAACAUGAGCUUCCGCGUCGCGCUUGACACGGGGUCAUCCGACUUCUGGGUCGUGUCUUCUGCUUGCACGAGUAGUGCAUGCAGCUCGGUCCCACGGUACCAGCUGGCUUACCAGAGCUCAACGUUCCAGUCGGUCAACGGGAAUUCGAGCCUCUUCAAUGUCAGCUUCCUGGACUCCACAACUGCCUCCGGCUUUAUUGCCCGGGAAACGAUGCUUCUCAACAACCUGACUGUGCCGCAGCAGGCAUUUGGCCUGGUGAACUCAUCCAACGUAACAUUGAGCGACGAGAUCAGCGGCAUACUCGGUCUCGGCUUUCCUCGGCUCUCGACUAUUGCGAACACUGUUGUAAAUGCAACCCCUGUAUUUGCUUCGAUGGCCCAGCAAGGCACGCUGGACUACCCCCUGUUCGGUCUGAGCCUCAAACGCAACACUACUGGCAGCCUGACAUUCGGUGCGAUUGACGCUUCCGCGGUAACGAACAGAAGCAACAUCGAAUGGAUUGAUGUAGUCCCAUUCGCCCCCUUCAAUGGCACAAAUGGUACCACUGCGAGUUAUCUCCAAUGGGCUGUCGAGCUGGCGCAGAUAUACGUCAAUGGCAGUUUGGUGACGCCGGUGCCAACUUACCCCAUCGCUCAAUCAAACCAUUCCCUUGCGCUCCUUGACGUAGGCACGUCGGGAAUAUACGGGCCAUAUCAAGAUGUAUCACGGAUAUUCUCUCAAAUUGCUGGUAGCCGUCUUGUGUCGGUCUCCGAUACGGUUGGCCAGUGGGCUAUGCCUUGCGAUGCGAGCGAGACUAUUACACUCAACUUCGGUGGAGGAAACUUCACCUUGCAGCCAACUGACUACCUCCUGGGACCUACUGCGGGCGAUCCAGAUUAUUGCCUGGCUUGGCCCGCCGCCCUUCCCCCAAGUUCUGAUGGCGUCGAUUGGCAAUUGGGAACCCCGUUCUUGGAAACUGUCUACUCCAUUUUCAGCUUAGGCAUCGACACAAAAGAAGCCCCCAUGGUUGGGCUGUAUCCCCUGCGCAACUCCACCGCUCCUGUGCAAUCACCCAGCGUCGUGAACGCCUACUUCUCUUCGGCUUCUGCAACCAUAGACACCGAGCUCCCGAACUACCUCCUUCCCACGCCCACAUAUACCACGCCUCCUUACGUCUUCAAUACGUCGGUGACAGCUCCGCCCGGCCUCGUCGUCUCCUCAGGCCUUGCGACAAGCACAUACUCGCCCGUGCUCGACGUUGCGUCCGUCAACGCGACCGCGCUGCCGACGCUAGAGCCGUCGCCCACGCUCUUCACAUUUAUCAUCACGUACUCUGGCUCUGUGUCCACGUCAGUGUCGACCGCGUCUCAGGCGUCCAUCACGCUUGGCGAGCCCCCGGGCUGGACAAGCGGCGCCGGCGCCAUCCGCGUGCCCCUCCGCGUUGUGUUUUUCAGUGUGUGUGCGUUGCUACUCGGCCUUACACGCCUGUAA